AUGACUUCUAAUAAUUAUAUCAACUCUUAUCAAUUUACUAAUGGCACCAAUGGUGUAAAUAAAGGAAAUGUUCAUGCUCAAACUACUCAAAAUUCCACUCAAAUCACUUCCUCAUCUUCAACAGCAAUAACUAAUACUAAUACCGUUUCAAAGUCCCAAAAUAAUGAACAAAAUCAAACUCCCAAUAGUGGUUUGACUCAUACACCCUCUGUGAGAAAAAAAGGCAUUAAAGACUUUGAGAUUGGCAGAACUUUGGGCGAAGGUUCUUAUUCAACUGUGAUGUUUGCAAGGGACCGUUCAACGGGACGAGAAUAUGCAAUGAAAAUACUUGAUAAGAAACAUAUUAUAAAAGAAAAAAAGGUUAAAUAUGUACAUAUUGAGAAAAAUACAUUGAAUAGAUUAAACCAUCCUGGGAUUAUUCGUUUAUAUUACACAUUUCAAGAUAAUUUUGUGCUGGAUCAUGCCAAGAAUGGCGAAUUAUUAACCUUUAUAAAAAAGCUUGGAUCAUUUGAUAUUAAUUGUACACAAUAUUAUGCUGCACAAAUCUUAUCAGUCAUAGAGUAUAUGCAUAGUCAAGGUGUAAUUCACAGGGAUUUAAAACCAGAAAACAUAUUAUUAGAUGAAAGAAUGCAUAUUAAGGUUACUGAUUUUGGAACUGCUAAAUUAUUAGAACAAAAUGAACACGGACUAGAAGAUGAUCGAGCAAAUUCAUUUGUGGGCACAGCAGAAUAUGUAAGUCCUGAACUUUUAAAAGAAAAAUCAGCUUGCAAAAGCACAGAACAAAAAGGAAUUAGCGCUAAAUAUUUUAGUUGCUAA